UGUUGAGCUCCUAAAUAAGAAAAAUACUAAUCGUUGUUCCUUUUAUUGACGGCGAUCUUUCAUCUGAUCAGACAAAGAGUCUUGACGAUCCUUCGGCAAAAAAAAAGCUUCGGUUCAGGACAAUUAUUCUUUGUAACUUCAAGUUGCUUCUUACUUCUACUCACUGAGUCAGUCGUGUUAUAUAUAAGGUUGAGUACUAAAUUAAAGUAGUAGAUUUUUUGUACUUUCGAGGUUACUUCUGAUUACAUCGCAUCGGAUCGACCCACCCUUAACAGCCCCAAAAAUGGCGAACUCAGUCGUGAAAUCGCGCUCGCGGAAUCUCAAGGUCAAGGCGCAUCGCACCAAGCAACCUAAAUUGGUUCGUAAGAUGUCUAGAAACGGACGAAGUCUAGCGGCAAACUCACCCAAAAACGUCCAAAACUGCAGUGUUGACCUAACCACAACGCGAACGUUGGACAACAGCGAGAAACUAGUGAAUGCCAUCAGGAAAGCGAAGAAACAGCAGAAGAGGGUGAACUAUCGCGCAGAGAAGAAAGCAGCGAGGAGAGCGAAGGGGGCAGAAAAAGCAUCAGCUUUGAAGGAGAAUAGUGGUAGCAAUUUAGAAAAAUCAAUUUGAACUAUAUUUUUGAAAUUUGCCUAUUACUGGAUCUGAGUGCUAUACCUUUUUUUACACCAAAUUGAAAUUUCAAUUUGCUCCACUUACGUCCUUUAUAGAAUAUCAUCAACAUUCUCAUCAAAAAAACUUAUCUCAACAGCAUCAGCGACAACGGAAGCCAUGGCGACAGAGGAGGUGAGUAUGAAAACGGUUAGGAAGAAAAAGAAGACUUCUGCUGCAGUGAAAAAACUAGUGGCUUCGAUGAAAAAUGACGAACCACAAGCUAUGGAAAUGUAAAUGGAUUAUAUAUAAGGGAGUCAAUCAUGAAUUAUGAUGGAGGAGUUUUUCUUGACGCACCCACCUCCUCACAAGAGGGUUUGUUACCUGUUACAUUUACCUAGGCUCUUGAGAAAUUUGCAUAAGAAAAUUCAUUAAGACUGUAGCAGAACAAAGGACUUCGUGUCGUGCCUCGUUGAUCGAGGAAACGAGCAGG